AAGUUUGGAGAGUGAUCGGAAGAAAUCGAAUUCUGUUAAAUGCUGGAUCGGUUAUGUCGUUCUUAUGAAUGAUUCACAUUUUGGUCUAAGAAAGAGGCUUUGACUUGUGUCAUAAACAUGAAGCCUGAUACUGUUCUUGACUAUGCUGUGUUUGAGCUUUCCCCAAAACAUUCGCGAUGUGAACUGUUUGUAUGGAGUCAUGAAGAAAGAGAGAAACUAGUUUCAGGAUUGAUAGAACCAUUUGUGAAUCAUUUGAGAGUUCUCCAAUCACAAGCUUCGCAGAGAGACCAAUGCUCUGUUAGACUCGAAGUAGAACAAAGCGAAAAUGGCGAAUCUUGGUUCACAAGAAGAACACUCGAGAGAUUUGUUCAAUAUGUUAAUAGUCCUGAAGUUUUGGAAAGAGUCAUUACAUUUGAUUUGGAAAUGUCACAGUUGGAAGCAGCUCGGACAUUAUAUUCUCAAGACGAUGGAGGCGUAGCAGAUGCAACAAAGAAGGAGCUAGUAAGAGCUAUAGAUUUAAGACUCGAGGCAAUAAAAAAGGACUUAACCAUGGCGAUUACUCACGCGUCAGCUAAUGGUUUUGACCCUCAAACUGUUUCUGAUCUCCAACAUUUUGCUGAUAGAUUCGGCGCACAUCAUUUGGAUGAAGCAUGCGGCAAAUAUAUUUCACUAUCGCAAAGAAGACCAGACCUCAUCACCAAGAACCUAAAUACCAAUACACAAACAUCACUCAGUGAAACAAACAUAUGUCAACAUCAAGAUACUAAGAGCACUAACACUGAUGAAGAGGAGAAAAAAGAAGAGAGUAUGGAAGAAUCUUCGACGGUUAAGACCAUUCAUCAUACAAGGAGACUUAGCGUACAAGAUAGGAUUAACCUCUUUGAGAGCAAACAGAAGGAAAACUCAAACUCUGCAGGAAAUAAACCGGUAGUCGUUGCGAAAUCCACAGAAUUGAAGAGACUUUCCUCUGAUGUCUCAUCAACUGCUCCUGCACUCCCUGAGAAGUCUGUUUUGAGAAGAUGGAGCAUUGUUAGUGACAUGAGCUUUGAUUUUACAAUGGAUAACAAGAAGUCUGAUAGCGGUAGCAACACAGAAGGUCCCUUAAGUACACCUUCGUCCAUUCCUGAUACCACAUUCCCCAAGGAGUCUGAAGAGAACAGCAAAAAGGACGAUGAUGAUGAGUAUUCUACUAAAUCUGAUGAUUCUCAAAACCAGACUGAUAAGCCAGGGAAUGUCAUGUCUGAUGGCAAUUCCAGACAGAGAGAAGAGGAGAGCUAUGCUUCCAAAUCCCACAAUGUGGCACAAUCAUCAGUCAUAUUUCCUUAUCACCAUUCCCGUUCUCGUUCAGCUCAUAUAGCAGGUGGUAUUGAUAUCAAAAGUGAUGAACGUCAAUCAAAAGGCAGGAAGAAAGAGCUGUUUCUAUCAGACAAGAAACAAGCCUUGACAAGUUCUCCAAAACCAGUUUCUGCAGGGUCUGAACAGAGACAAAAAUCAUUUGGUGUGGAGGAUGAUCUUGAGGAUAGUCUCGUGAAUGCAGAGUCAGGUGGGGAAAAUGACAAUAACAGAGUUCGUGCGACAUCUGUGGAUCAAACAAAAAGGACAAGAAUGUCUAGAGAAAGCCCUCCAAGGUUUAAUGAUGAGUUGACAAUGAAAGCAAAAGAUCUUGAAAAGAUUUUCGCAGAGCAUCAACUACGGAUUCUUCCAGGGGAUCAAUCAGCUGGUGACGAUAAAGACAACAGGAAUGUUGUAAUGCGCCGGAAUUUAUCUGAGUUAAGAUUUUCAGAUGAUUCUAAAGGAAAGUUGUAUGAAGAGUAUAUGAAGAAGAGGGAUGCAAAACUAAGAGAAGAAUGGAGUUCAAAAGAAACAAAGUUGAAGUCAAUGCAAGAAGCUCUUGACCAAAGUAGAACCGAGAUGAAGGCUAAGUUUUCUGCUGCUUCCAUGAAGAGGCAGGAUUCGAUAUCAAGUACCCGCCAACGUGCAGAGAAAUUCAGAUCUUUUAAUUCUCGGACAAGUUCAAAAAAGUUUCAGCAUCCUAUAAGCUCAUUACAGAGUGAAGAAGAAAACGAAAAAGAUAAGCCAGUCAGUGGACAAUCCAUUGGAAAAAGUGCUUCUAGGAGCUCCCAAAAUAGAAAGGUUCCAUCACCAAAUCCGAGCUCCCGAGUCUCGAAACCAGCAGGUAAAGUUUCAAACGCAAACAUUAAUACUUGCGGGAGAGGACGAAAAACAUCAGAGAUAAAACUGGUUACACAAUCUUCUCUCCCCAAAUUCUCUGAUCUUAAAAAGGAAAACACAAAACCAUCUUCCUUAGCUGGUAGAAAUACAACUACCAUGAUGCGAACACAGGUGAGAAAUGGUAAUAAGAAGACUACAAAGGAUGAUAUACCGCCUCCUGUUAUGCCUCGAAGACCACGAUCACUAAGGAAAAGCUUCUCUGCAAAUAUAGAAUUCACAGAGUUGACAACUCUGUAUUCUGAUGAUAUGAACAAAGAGAGGAAUCAGAAGCAGAACACAGACAUUGAUGAUGUAUCAGAGAAUUUGAAAAUCGAAGAAUUUGAUGACAUUGAAUCCGAGGCUGAAGAAGAAGAUAAAGAAGUUUUGGAGAAUACUGUCAAAGAUGAAGAAGAAGCUAGAGAAAUGGAAACUCUAGUAGUUGAGGAUAUUGGUGAUGAAACCCCUUCACUUACUGAAAUAGUUGAAAACUCAUCAGAGGAUGGAAAUUACACUUCUUUGAGAUCAGUUUCUCAUAUAGACUUACCGGUGAAUACUCUACCUUCUUCAACAUUGCAGCAUAAUUUUGCCUCGUUAUUGGAUUCACCAAGUGAGAGUCCUCUUUCAUGGAGCUCAAACUUGCAACACGCGUUCUCUUAUCCGCACGAGCACUCGGAUGUUGAUGCUUCGGUGGAUGAUUCUCCUAUGGGAAGUCCAGCUUCUUGGAGUUCAAGAAUGAGAAAGAAAUGGGGAACAACAGCUCAGAGUCCUGUUAUUGUUCCCAACUCUCGAAAGGAUUUAACGAAAGGCAUCAAACGUUUUCUUAAGUUUGGGAAGAAAACUCGUGCUGCGGAUAGUCUAAUGGAUUGGGUUUCUGUAACAACAUCUGAAGGAGACGAUGAUUUUGCUUAUCGAUCAUCGGAUGAGUUAAGAAAAUCAAGAAUGGCAUCUUCUCAGAGUCAGCUUUCUGAGGAUGAACAAGCUUCAAACAACUCGAUUCAUGCACAUCAUCAUCAAGCAAGCUUUAAAGUGAAAGAUGGGGAUUUUAAGCGAUCAUUCUUCUCACUUUCUACAUUCCGCAGCAAAGGAAACGACUCGAAGCCAAGAUAACAGAGAAACAGAGCUCAGGUCUUUAUGUUUUCAUUUACACCUGCACAAGUAAAAAGUUUGUAGUGUUGAAGGAAAAGUAAAAACUUGUUGAUUUU